CACAAUCCUCAACCAAUCCCUAUCCAUCUCUUCCAACCCCUUCUUUGCGUCACCCACUGCCUAACGCGUAUCCAGAUUGCUUGGGACUCCAGAAGGAGUUGAGUUCGUAGGUCAGCGCAGCCAGCGAUGCGUUCCAAAAGAGACGUCUUGGAGUCGAUGUGGGUAGGACGUCCGUUUCUUGUAGCCGUGCUGCUGCUGACGCUGGUGGCCGUCGAGGUAUGGCCGCGAUUCUCAGGCGACGGCUCGACGGGGAGUUCGCCUUUACUUGAGGCACCUCGAAAGCAGGCGUUGUUAUCGGGGGGGGAUUCGCAGCAGCUGAGAGAACCGCUGCUGAGUUCGCCGCGGAGCUGGCGGCCGGAUUCGCAGGGUUCGCUUAGUUCGGCGGGCUCCGACAGCAGCGCCGAGCGGAGCGCUGCUGAUUUAAGCGACGAGUCGUCGCUUCUCGAAAGUGGGCGUCGCGAUGGCAGCAGGUCCGUCGCAAUGACAUCGUGCUGUGCAGCGGAGCUUGAAAGUCGUGCUCCGAUUUGAUUCAGACGUUACCUGUCUCGUUAAGGCCCCCAUCUCAUAAUUACUAGAGUUUAACACUUGGUUGAGACAGACUGGCACUGAUUGCGCUGCAUCCGUCGCUGCAGAGUCUCUUUUUGACGCCACACUGGACCACAUUUGCUGGUCCUCAGAACCCAUCUCGACGACCAGCAGCAAUAAUGGCAGCACGACAGCAGCAGCAGCAGCAGCAGCUGAUGGGGUGGUGGUGGCAGGUAAGGGCUGCUCUGGGUGUGUGCCAGGAGAGCAGUGCAGCAUGCACGUGUGGGUUAAGCCACCUGCCCAUUGGGUGCCGCCUUGGGAUAGCACCGGCAGCCGCAGCAGCAGCAGAAGCAACACUGUGCACGCGUGGUUGAUGGCUCUUACUCAUUGGGGUGGCAGUGGCACCAGCCGCGACAGCAGCAGCAACAGCAGCAGCGACAGCAGCAGCAACAGCAGCAGCAACAGCAGCAGCAACAGCAGCAGCAACAGCAGCAGCAACAGCAGCAGCAUCAAGUUCAGCUGGCUGAAGAAGGACCUGGCUCUCACCCUGCAGGGCCCUGCGCUGGGCUACGGGGAGGUGCAGUGCGUGGACCCCCCUGCCUGCUCGCACUUCCUCGUGUCCUACCGCCUCUGGGACGUGGGCGUUUACAGAGCCACUGUGCACGUGGCCUGUGCUAAUCUCAACUUCUCCUCCUCCUUCGCCGCUCAUUUCAGCUCCACCCACCUCCACGACCUUGCUGCCUGGACCCUCUCCAUUGGCUGGCCGCAUGCAGCUUCUGAGAAGAUUCCUAUCUCCUCGGACGCUACUGCAGUUGCUGCCGGUGUUGGUGGUGAUGCUGGUAGCAGUGGGGGCGUUGAUGCUGGUGAUGUGGACAGUGGUGACGCAGGCACCACCCCCUCAGAUACCACCUCCACCCCCUUUAGGAGACAAGCCUCUCCCUGUGCGGGUUUGUCCAUCCCUGGUCGGUGGAAGAAGGCUGACAACGGCAACUACACUUGGGUUUUCUUCCCCUGUGCGCCAGCAGAGUCUCCCCCUGAUCGUUGGAUCACAGGGCUCUCGAGCAAGGGAAUUCGAGAGAUUAACCUAGUUGGGGAUUCUCACCAGAGAUUGCUGGCAGUUCACCUGCACUUCCUGCUGACAGGCGAUGCGACAAAGCGCAAUCAGAAUAUGGACCUGUAUAUUGAGUCGCGGAACGAGCGCAACGAGACGCUGAAGAUCAACUUCCACUGGGUGGAUGGCAUCUACCGCAACGAAGAGUUCGGCUGCGGCCAUCGGGGCAAGUUCACCCAUCGCAACACCACGUUCCCCACCAACAUGUCCACCACAGCUGACGUCACCAUUGUAGAAGCGGGCUACUGGGCGAAUGGGCGGUGCGCAGAGCCAGACCAAGCCAUGCGAGCCCACCUCCCAGAGUACCUCAACUGGGGAUUGCAGUUUGCCGCCCGAACUGGCAAGCCGAUAGUACUGCGCACGUCACCCCCUGUGGCUAAUGUGGGCGAACGCUGCGCUUUUCAAACAAGUCGACUCGCCGGCCCGUCAACCAAUCUUGCUCUUAUGGAGUUGAAUCGGUUGAUGAGAUCUCUGGCAGCAGGUGGUAUUCGCUACAGCGGCGGCGGUGGUAGUAACGACGGUGGUGUGUGUGGAGGUUGUGAAGGUGCUGCAGAUAAUGAAUGUGGUGGUGUUAAAGGUAAAGCAUGCUACAUAGCAGCCGACAAAGAUCCGGCACAAGCUUGGGAUGAAGCGUCCAUAUUGCACGCAUUCACUGAGAAAGGAAUGCGGCUGGCAUCGUCCGUACCAGUAUUUGACUCGUGGAAAAUUGAGGCACCGAGGUUCAUGGAUGUAUGUCCUCGUGACCACCACUAUUCGUGCUAUGGUAAGCUUCCGGGAGGAGAGGCUGAUGUUAGAGGGCCUGUGGGUGAGGCAGUUGUGCGUUCAUUUGUACACUUCCUUAUGCACAAGUUAUAACACAGUACCAAUUGUCACGAGAGCUAGGUAGCUAGGAAGCCAUGAAAAUGGCGAGAGGGUUUAGCUAGGAGUCAGUUGACGAGAGAAAAGGGGUCGAGAAUAGAUGAGGGAUACGAGGGGUGUUGAACCCUCUAGAGUAAGUUUCAGUAACGCCCACCAA